AUGUGGCAAAAAUCAUCAUUACAAAAAACCAUGACAAAUGAAAGUCAUUAUAAUCCCUACGGACAAACGACAUCUUCACCAUCGACAGCUACAAAUAAUUAUUCAAAUAGAGUUUUACCAAAUAAAAUAUCAGCAUCAUCCACAUCGACAUCAUCAUUACCAGUAAAUGGUAUACCCAAUAGAAUCAUAGUGAAUAGUGGCGGAAGUAAUAGCUUGCCCAGCAGUCCAGUUAGUUCACCAAUGAAUCCAUUUAGUCCAGGUGGCUCACCAAGUGGUGGUAAACAAAAUAGAAGGAGAGGUGUCACUGUGGCGGUUGGAUCUGAACAGUUUGAAAAUAGACGUAAAAUACUAUUGGGUAAUUCAAGACCACUAAGACGUCGUGCAAAUAGUAUGGAGGUAUUAAACUCUUGGGAUUAUAUUCCAUUUCAAAAGAAACCCUUGGAUCAUGAACAGGGUCAAGUCGAUCAAUAUAUUCACAAUGAAGCAUCAUUAGAAAACCAAUAUGAAUCUUAUUUAAUAGACCAACUUAAUAGUAUUAUCGCCCUCACCGACUAUAAUAGCAGUGAAACCACAUCAUCCCUAUCCUCAUCAUCAAGUAGAACAGGUAGUUUUAUUGACUCUUCUUCCGGUGGUACACCCUCAAGACCACCAUCGCAGCCACCACCAUUACCACCAAUGAAUCAUCCAAAUAAUCCAAGCCAAUCAUCUUCAGUUCAAGGUGGUGGUGUACCAAUUUCACAAUUAAAUAAUAGUUCCGAUAAUCUUAAACCAGGCUCUCAACCCCCACCAUCACCAAGAACUUACUCUACAGGUAAUCAAAGCCCACCGGUACCACCAAGACCCACUAGUAGAUCAUUAGGUUUUUCAAAUGAUUUUUCAAUUAGCCUAUCAUCAUCCCUCUCAUCAUCACAACUUGUAUCUGGCACACUAUCAUCAAGCAGCGAUAGUGUAGACAACUCAAAGUCAAGUAAUAACAAUAACAAUAAAUCAAGAUCAACAUCGACUUCAUCAACCACCGGACCACAACCAACCAAUAAAAUCGUAUACGAAAAUAAUGAUGAAAAUAAAUUUGUUGUAGUAUCGGGUCCAAAAGAUCAACUAGUUGAAUAUUUGUGUAAUAAAAACAAACUUGAUUUCUCUUAUGUAAAUAGCUUUAUUUUAUCAUUUAGAUAUUUUAUAUCACCAGAAGAGUUAUUUGAUUACCUUAUAGUUAAAUACGAAACAAAAGUUCAAACCACCUCUUCAAUUAAAGUUUCAAAACAAUUUGAAGAAAUUCAAGAUAGAAUAAAACAAAAUGUAAUAAUUAUUUUUUCAGUUUGGGUAGAUUGUAAUUUUAGUGAUUUCGAAGAAGAUUUAGGUUUAUAUAAAAGAUUAAUGAAAUUAGUUGAAAGUUCACCAAAUUCAGUAUUUUUAAGAGAUGCAAUCGAUAGACAAAGAGUAUCAAAGAUACCCAUUUUAGAAAUUUAUGAAAAAUUAAAAGAUGAACUAUUAUUAUCAUUGGAACCAAGAGGCAGCUCGAGUAAUUAUAGUCUUAGUAACAGUGGCGAUAUUAAAAAUAUUAAAAACUCAUUCUUUUCAAUGUCAACAAUGAUGGAAUGGUUAAUGAAUCAUUUACAAAUAGGCAAUGCAACUGCAAGUGCAAUUUUAAAGAAAUUAUUUAAACUAAAAGUUAUUGGUUCAUUAGGUGGCUAUACAAAUCAAUCUUCAAAUUCAAAUAGUAAAUCUUCAAAAGAAGAAUUAUUCUUUUUUGUAAAUACAACAAUCAACUCAAUUAAUAAAGAAAUUUAUUCUAGAUCAUUUAUGGACUAUCAUCCACAAGAUAUUGCAAAACAAUUAACAUUAUUAGAAUUUAAAUUAUUCCAAGAUAUUAGAAUGAAAGAGCUUUAUCAUAAAUCAUGGACCAUUAGUAAGAGUAAAUUUGAAAACUCACCAACCAUUAUGGCACUAAUUACAAUGUCAAAUAAGAUCGCCAAUUGGGUAGCCACAGAAGUUGUAACAACACCACAUCCAAAGAAACGUGUUGAAGUAUUAAAAAGAUUUAUCUCUGUAGCAGAACAUUGUAAAAAGAUUAAUAACUUUAAUACACUAAUGGAAAUUAUUUCGGGUCUUAGUAACAGUGCAGUAUCACGUCUAAAGGAAACUUGGAAAUCGUUACCCACACGUUACACCAACUCAUUUAAUUCACUUCAAAACUUUUUAAAAACUGAUGAAAAUUGGAAAACUUAUCGUCAAGCACUCAAAACUAAAGAAACUCCAAGUCUUCCAUACCUUGGUCUCUUCCUUCAAGAUAUCAAUUUCAUAGAGGAUGGUAAUUCAAACUAUUUAGAUAACGACUAUGUAAACUUUAAGAAGAUGAAUCUUUUAACCUCAGUUUUCUCUGAAGUACAGUUUUAUCAAAAAUAUCCAUACUAUAGUUUUAGCACCCAUAAAAAUAUUCAAACCUAUUUAGAAAAAGACAUUGUAAUUUUACCAGAUAAAGAAUUAUAUGCAUUUUCUAAAUUUGUCGAAUCACCAACGAAUCCAUUAAACAAAUUAUCAAAAUUUAUGAAAAAUUCAAAUAUUUUAAUAUAA